UGGUCUGUGUGAAAAGUGCGGUUCUUGCAUAUUUUAUUAAGAAAACUGUCAUCUAUCCAUCCGCGUGUCCGUGUGCGUGUGUGGCUUUGUGUACACUCAUCGAUCACGCCGCGAGCGCAUGAUGUGCAGCGCAGGUGCCGCCGGAGCUUCACGUCCAAAUGAACCGCGGAGUCGUAUAGCCGAGCCCUUCUCCUCUUGUGUUGUGAAAAUGUUUGGACGGGGCGCUGUGCUGUGCCUUUAGCUGAUGCCUUUACUGUCAAAAAUGAAAAGCAUUUAAAAAAACAAAACAAAACUGUGGCUUUUUCAGCCAAGUUGGGCUGAAGUGCGCGAGACUCUCCGUUAACUGCGGAUGUCCCUGACCAAUUCAAGCGUCUUUCUGCUAAACGAGGGUUCAGCCGAUUCCUACACUAGUCGACCCUCGGAUUCCGACCUGUCCCUGGAGGAGGACCAGGAGGCGUCUCGGCGUGAAGCCGAGCGCCAGGCUCAGCUGCAGCUAGAAAGAGCCAAGUCUAAACCAGUAGCAUUUGCGGUGAAAACCAAUGUAAGUUACUGUGGGGCCCUUGAUGAAGAUUGUCCAGUCCAAGGUGCUGCUAUUAACUUUGAAACCAAAGACUUCCUGCACAUAAAAGAGAAAUACAACAAUGAUUGGUGGAUUGGUCGACUUGUGAAGGAAGGCGCAGACAUCACUUUCAUCCCAAGUCCAGUCAAACUGGAGGCCAUGAGGAUAAAACAAGAGCAGAAAGCAGCAGCUAGGAAAGGAGGAAACGCUUCAUCUGGAGGCUGGAGGUCCACCCCGCCAUCUGCAGCCAAACAGAAGCAGAAACAGACUGAACAUGUUCCUCCAUAUGAUGUGGUCCCUUCUAUGCGGCCUGUGGUGCUGGUGGGCCCUUCACUGAAGGGCUAUGAGGUAACAGAUAUGAUGCAGAAAGCCUUGUUUGACUUCCUAAAGCACAGAUUUGAUGGCAGGAUCUCUAUUACAAGGGUGACUGCUGAUCUGUCGCUGGCGAAGCGCUCAGUGCUGAACAAGAAGGCCAUAAUGGAGAGAUCCAACACACGCUCCAGUCUGGCUGAAGUUCAGAGUGAGAUAGAGAGGAUCUUUGAGCUCGCCAAAUCUCUUCAGCUGGUCGUCCUAGAUGCAGACACCAUCAACCACCCAGCACAGCUCCUCAAAACUUCUCUAGCUCCCAUCAUUGUCUACGUCAAAGUGUCCUCGCCAAAGGUUUUACAGAGGCUGAUCAAAUCUCGAGGGAAGUCACAAAGCAAACACCUCAAUGUCCAGAUGAUGGCAGGGGACAAGCUAGCUCAGUGUCCACCUGAGAUGUUUGAUGUCAUCCUGGAUGAGAAUCAGCUGGAAGAUGCAUGUGAACACCUUGCAGAGUACUUGGAAAUAUACUGGCGCGCUACACAUCUGCCCUGUUCUGCCCCUGUUAACCCAUUACUGGACCAAAGUGUGAUCACCCCACCCUCAGCUAACUCCAGCCAACAGUUUUCUGAGACUCAAGAGUUGAUAGAAUGAUAACUACCACAGACAUAGGAGUAGCCUGUGCUGUCGGCUGGGGUCAGACUAGGAGGUCUUGGAGCACAGGGACCAGGGUGCCACCAGGGGGCAGCAGCAGCCCUAAUUUCUCCUAAACCAGCCACCACCUUCUCUGGCCACACCUGGGACAAAGAAGAGAACAACAGUCCCUCGAGAGAGAAGGAGCAGGAGGCUGGUGAACUGGGAGAAGAGGAGAAACAAAACCCAGGAGAGGAGCAGACAAGAGGAUGAAAAUUCAACCAGAGGAGGCUCCACCUCACUGCUGCCCCCUUGGCAAGUGCUCCCUGCUCCCACCACCAUGUGACAACUCAGGGCCGCUUUCUACAGCUGCAGGCCUACUGGUAACUAAAACCAGUACAGCAGUGCAGUCACUAGACACCCCCCUCCCUCACCCUCCCCUCCACCCAGACCUUGUUCCCAACUCCGCGCUUUCACACUGGAGGUCACAUGGCACAGCUGAGCCAGCCCAUGUGUGAUCAGACACUCAGACGUGGCUGUACCAGACAGGCUAAUUCAGCUCUCAUUGCAGACAAAUUACACACCUGUGACGCCAGAGUAUGUUAGCAUUCAAUACUGUAGCAUAGCAACAUUAUCGGUAUAGCAAAAUACAAACAUGAAUAGCUUCCCAUUGUAGGGUUCCCAGGGUUUCCUCUCUGAUAAACCGGGUUUCCUGUACCGGCCAAAGAGUGCAGAGAGUGACAGAAAACCAAUUCUGUAUGUCUUCCAUCUCUACAGCUCUGUGUGAGCUGUCACCUCACCAAAUGUUUCCUUAAAGGCACAAUUAUUCCUUUAUCAGUUGCUUUCUUUCCUUGUUUAUCCUGUAGCCUUUUUUUUUUAAAUGUUGGUUUUCCAUUUAUUUUUUACAGUAACUAUACUAUCUAUACUACUAUUUGUAAUUAAUGUCUUGGCCCUCAGUAUAGCUGACAAUGUAUGCAGCAACAAUGCAAAACUCAUACAUGACAAGUACAGGCUUGAACAGAACAGUCUAUAUGCAUCUUUUGUCACAACUGUGAAUGUAUAAAUGCUGGCCCAGUGGCUUAGGUGGGAUUAUUUACAUUAACUGUGGUUUGUUUUCAGAUGGUCGUUGGCAAGUCUCAUAACCUAACUAACUAAAAUGAACAUGCAAUUUGGUGUUAACGAGGAAAUGUGUUUUAUCACACAAAAGCAAAAGAAAAUAGAAGGCUCACUGAUGUUUAACAUAAAAAAGGACAGAUGCUCCAGUCUCAGGCUCUCAGUUAUGAAGCAUUGGAUAUUUAAUUUCCCGACACCAGGCUUUUCCUGAUGAUGGUUUUAAAGCUUGAAACUGGGAUAAUGACUCUGUCAAUUCACUCUUAGAACCAGAUGUUGCAUAUCAUGUGUAAAAAACAAUCAUUUCUGUUGGUUGUUAGUUAGAUUUAGACAAAAUGACAAAGAGGAUUAAACCACACUUAUCUUCAGGUUUCCAAUUGGACUGGAAAAUGUAAAA